GUCAGUGUAAUUGAGUUAACCUCAAAAACCGACUUUAAUAAUUCGAGUAACUGUUUUUAUGUUCGCGUUCGUUUAAUAUCGACGGUUAUAAUGGCGUUCAAUUUCUCCGCGUUCGCUUACAUUAUAGCGUUGAUCGUAGACGCUUUCCUCAUAUUCUUCUCUCUAUUUCACGUAAUCGCUUUUGAUGAACUCAAAACGGAUUACAAAAACCCUAUAGAUCAGUGCAAUAGUCUCAACCCACUAGUUCUUCCAGAAUAUAUCCUUCACAUGUUCUUCAACAUAUUAUUUGCGGCAUCAGGAGAAUGGUUUUCACUCUUUCUUAAUAUACCUUUGGUAGCGUAUCAUAUCAAUAGAUACAGAACACGACCUGUAAUGUCUGGACCGGGUCUUUACGAUCCAACGAACAUCAUGAAUGCAGAUGUUCUAACAAGAUGUCAACGCGAAGGUUGGAUAAAACUAGCGUUUUAUUUGCUAUCAUUUUUCUAUUAUUUGUACGGGUACGUAAUAGCUUUAGAACGGGCACAUGAGCAUGUAACGUGAUUGUUAUUGACUUCCUGUUAUAAAAGAGAAAAAAAACAUUUUUUUAAGUAUUAUUAAAAUGUUAAAAUAAUAAUAAGUGUGUGUAUAAUUGCUUAUUUGUAAUUAUUUUUUGUGUUAAUAAUUUGUAUGAAAAAAAUGUAGUGAAAAAUGACUUGGAUUAAGAACCGAAAUCCCUAAUUUUCGAUUUUCUAUCUGUCUGUUGCAGAAUGAUUUAUAGUCUAAUUUCGACGUGAGGAGGAUGUCUAAAUGCAGCAAAUAAAAACCGCUUUUUGAACAAGACAGGAUUUCGGUUCUUAUUAUGUGCGCUUCACAUGGAUGUAGCCUUUAAUCAUUUUUUUAAUCGCUAGCGAUAGCAUAAUAAGCAAACUGAAAUCUCUAGGGGGUAUAAAUAUAGAUUUUUAAGUCGGUUUAUGUGUAAUUUAUCAUUUAGAAAUGUUUCUGCUCAUCAAAUUAUUAGUAAAAAUCAGUAAUUAAGAACACAAGUUAUGUUAGAAACAAAGAAAAUAAUUAUAUAUCUUAUUUUUUAUUUUUAAUAUAAUAUUUUGUUAUUAUUCUU